CGCAAGUGGGUUUCCCCAUGGGGCAGCCAUGGGGCCUGGCCGGAUCCUGCCAGUGCCUCUCCUGCUAAUGGUGCUUCUGGGUCCCUCCCUGGUCCAUGGAAUGGAAGGAAGAUUUCAGCCCCCUGCCGCCCAGUUCCUGCACCAGAGCAAGGCCGAGUGCCGCUUCGCCAACGGGACUCACGGCGAGGUGCGCUACCUCUACCGGCUCAUCUACGGCCGCCGGGAGUUCGUGCGCUUCGACAGCCGCCGCGGGACCUUCGAGGCCGUCACGGAGCUGGGCCGGCCCGAGGCCGACGCCUGGAACAGCCGCAAGGACAUCCUGGACUACAAGCGGGGCGCGGUGGAGCGCUUCUGCCACCACAACUGCCAGGCGUGGGAGGGGAUCCUCACCACCAAGGCACAGCCCACAGUGAAAAUCUCCUUCACCAAGGCAGAGACCCUGUCCCACCACAGCCUCCUGAUAUGCACCGCGACAGGCUAUUAUCCCUCAGAGAUUAAUUUCAAGUGGCUGAAGAAUGGGCAGGAGCAGACAGAGGAGGUGGGGUACUCAGAGGAGUUCCAGAACGGGGACUGGACCUUCAUGAACCAGGUGAUGCUGCAGACGGUGCCUGAGCGGGGGGACGUCUACGCCUGCCAGGUGGAGCACAGCAGCCUAACAGAGCCCAUCACCGUGCAGUGGGAGCCACGGAGGUCGGACUCUGCCAAGAGCAAAGUGUGGACGGGGGUCGUGGGGGCUGUGCUGGGGGCGGUCUUUGUGGCCGUGGGACUCUCCCUCUACCUGAAGAAGAGAAAAGCGCUUCCCACCGCACCUGCUGCAGGCCUCAUCAGUUAGUCCUCUGACGGUUCCAGAUCUUACAUCCUGAAACAUCAUUUUUUAACAAAGAAGAUGCUUGCGUCAUUCUACUGAUUCCCCGCCAACACACACGGGACGUAAUCUGCGUUCAGGCCGCGUUUUGACCGUCUGCGGCUAAAACCGCGGCGGAGAUGGCUGGCACGUCCGUCGUUUGUCAGGAUCUCCGGCUGACAACUGCGACUGGGCUGCAAAGAGGCAUUCAUGAAUUAUUGAUGGCUUUAACUGGAGGAGAAGUUUCUAUUUUUGUUUAAUUAAAAAAUACUUAAUAUG